AAGCCAACUACGGAGGUUAUGGGGCAAUCUGAAGAAAAUCAGGGGGUGACAGUUCUCGUCACAGGUCAGAAUGAAACUCAGCAUUCAGCAUUGCCCAAUGUGAUAUUUCAACAAUUUGACCUGGAAGUUACACUAACCCCUGACUCCACCAUAGAGCAUGAACAUUCUUCAGCUCCAAAGAAAACAACUCCAGAACAACCUGAGGUAAUCUUUCUACCUCCAGAUAAGAUUCAGUCUGAGCAUCCCAAUCUGAAUGAAGUCAUGGUUCCACAUCAUUUUGAUGUAGAAAUUACCUUUACUCCAGAAUCAAAUAUGGAGGUUGGACUUUCUCCAACCAUACAGGAGACCUUAACUGACCUUUCAACACCACCUAAGGAUUCUACAACCCAAGCCCCAUUUUCUAUCACAGGUCCGACUCCAACCUGGACUCCAAUGACACACAAGGUCACAUCUCAACCAAUGGGCCUACCCCUUUCCACAACCUCAGAACCCACUACAGAGGCUGAAAAUUCUUCAUCCCUGAAGAAGACCACAGCUACUACUCAAGUGACAUUUCCUCUUCAAGUUCAGCAUGAAAUUAUAACUCCACAACCUACUAUUAAACUUAGUUCAGUCACAUCUGAAACUAUGCAGGAGACGCCACCCCAGCAUCUGCAGGAGACCCCAACUCUGCAUAUACAGGACACCACACCUCAGCAUGUGCAGGAGACCGCACCUCAGCAUCUGCAGGAGACCUCACUUCAGCAUCUGCAGGAGACCACACCUCAGCAUCUGCAGGAGACUACACCUCAGCAUCUGCAGGAGAACACACCUCAGCUUCUGCAGGAGACCUCACCUCUGCAUAUACAGGAGACCCCACCUCUGCAUCUGGAGACUCCAACUCAGCCUGUACAGGAGGUUCCAACUCAGCCUCUGCAGAACACCCCAACUCAGUCCCGGCAGGAGACCACAACUCGGCCCCUGCACGAGACGCCAAAUAAACCUCUGUGGAAGACUGUAACUCAGCCUAAGCAGAAGACCGGAAGCAUGCCUUGGCUGAAGACCCCAACUCAGCCGUGGCAGAAGGCCUCAACUCAGCCUCUGCCGACGCCCUCAAAUUGGCCUAAUACAAUGAAAACUCAGCCUACACGUAGGCCACAGUUAGAGGCUGUGGCUAAACCUCCAACAACAGGAUAUCACCCAGUGUCACAAUUUAUAGAGACUACUACUCCAAAGCACAGUGAAGUGACACUUGGACAUCCAUACAGGUUGCAAACUCAGCAUUCAACCUUGACUCAAGGCACAGUUAAACGAUUGACUCAAUUUCCAACAACCACCAUCACAGAAAAUGCUUUAGCUGUGCAAACGGAACAGAAUGCCCCUUCAAGCAUCAAGUUAUGUGAGCUCUGUCACUGCCAAAACCAGACACUGUCAUGUGUGGAUCUCAGCCCAGGGCAGAGGCUCCGCCAAGUUCCUGUGCCAGAUAUGGACCCCAAGAAGCAACUUUUCACUGUCUUAAGUUUCCAAGGAAACGGUAGUUCUUAUAUUGAAGAAAAUAUAUGGGCAUCGUACCGUUGGACUGAGAAACUAAUUCUCAGCAAAAAUCGCCUUACUGAAUUACAUAAGGAUUCAUUUGAAGGACUCCUAUCCCUUGAAUAUUUAGAUUUGUCCUGCAAUAAAAUACAGUCAAUUGAAAGACGGACAUUUGAAUCAUUGCCUUUCCUGAAGUUCGUGGUCUUGCCUCACAAUAUGGCCAGCUGCCUCUGCUAAUUUAAAAACAAUAUUGAGGUUAUCUGCAAGACAGUCAAGCUACAUUGUGACAGUGACUUGCUGACAAACAAUACACACUGCCUUGAAGAAGCAUCCAUAGAGAACCCAGAAGGAACAUUCAUGAAGGAGGGCUUCUCCUUAUGGCAACCAGUUUGGCUGAGGGAUAUGUACAGACCUCUCAAUGCCACACGCAAGAAAAGCAUGGCCAACAAGCUACAUGACAGGGACUCUUCCGAUGAGGAAGAGAGUUUGCAUAAGAAGAGAAAAGGCCUGCAGAGGCAGUCGCUGCCCAGGGGAAGCUGCUCUUGUGUGAAAGAGGAAGUACUCAAUGACCAGCAGAUCAUCAUGAGGCCCUUUCAAGCUGACAUUCAGAACUACACUUUUCAUUUCUACUUCAUCCCAUGGACCAAACCAAGCCACAUGGGCCCUGAUUCAUCUGUGAAGGCUCCAAUCACCCAUGCCCAAUUUCCAUCCUUUGGCGAUCAUUUUGAAUUGCAGUUAAACCAACAGCUGAGGCCCCUCAUUCCUAAUAAUGAUGUGAGAAGACUCCUGUCUCAUGUUAUCUGGACCUUAAAAAUUGACUGCUCUGAGACUGAUGUGCAAAUGGCCUGUUCUAAACUCAUCUCCAAAACGGGCCUGCUGAUGAAGCUUCUCGGUGAACAGCAAGAAGCCAAGAUGUCAAGAGCUGAGUGGGAUAUGGACCAAUGGAAAACAGAUAACUACAUCAAUGAAGCUCCAGAUGAACAGAAGGAACCAACUGAGUUAACACAAGAAGUUCCGGGAUAUGGCUAUAACAACAAAAUCAUCUUGGCAAUAUCUGUGACUGUAGUAGUAAUGAUUUUGAUUAUAAUUUUCUGUCUCAUUGAGGUAAGGACCACCAUUCAUACAUGUUUCCACAUUAUAUCUUGUUUCUGUAGUAGUAAUGAUUUUAAUUUUCUGUCUCAUUAAGGUAAGGACCACCAUUCAUGCACGUUUCCAGAUUAUAUCUUGUUUUCUGUAGCCAAA